AUGAAGCUAAAUACUCCCGAAAUAGCUUGGCAUGGAAAAGAACCAGUGUUGAGUGUAGAUUUUUGCAAAGUUGGGUCAAAGUGGCGACUUGCUUCAGGAGGAGCAGACAAUGAUGUCAAGGUGCGCUACAGAUCUAUGAUCGUAAAUCUUAGAAAAUAACUUAAGGUUGAAUCUUAUUAUGUGUGUAUUUGAUGUAUCAUAUCCUUUGCUCCUUAUGUUCUAAUUUAUUAUUUUUGUUGUCGUUAGAUCUGGUCGAUUGCUUCGAAUGAUGAUCAGCAUUCGCAGAUCGAAUUUUUAGCCAAUUUGAGUCGCCAUACGAAGGCCGUCAACGCUGUAAGAUUUUCACCCACAGGUAAUAAUGCUAGCUUUGUAAACAGUGAAUAGAGCCUUCCAGCUUUGGGAUCCAGACAUCCCUAGCUACACGUAUCAUAGUGGAUCUCAUCCCCAUCGAUCUUAAGGCAACAAAUUCAACAGCGAUUUUCAGUCAAAAAUUAAGCUUAAUUGUAAUUAUUGUUCCCGCAUUGUUAUGACCCGUGCCCCAGCCUUUCAGCCCUUUCUGGCGGCCACUGAAAGGUAAUAUUGAUGGAUCGCGAUCAUAAGGUGUGGACAAUUAAUGUAGGCUUGAUGAAGAGUUCUUCGUUCCACAUUUCAUUCACUUCCAAGCUGGGGGAAAGUGGGGGAGAAGGGGUGGUUUGGACUUUUGCCUGUUUCUAACAACCUUUUUGUUGCUCCCACAGAAGAGAUCCUUGCAUCUGCUGGUGAUGGUAAGUUAGUUCAUGAUUCUCAGGACCGUGGCUUUAUCUUCAAUAUUUUGCCAAUCUUUUGUAUGUUCUGUUUAUAUAACAUGGGAAACUUUUGGACAACCAAAAUGCUACAAAAGAAAAAGAUGAAAAUAAAGUAAAAUAAAAGACUCGACAAAAUCUAGAUUAGAUCAACCCCUUCAAGUCUCUUUUUACUGACAAGAGACUGGGAAUAAGGUCGUAGGGGUGGGUCGGGUUCAUAGUCAUGUUUUUAUAAAUCUACCUUGUGAACUUUUUUUAUUCCCGAGGGGGCAUGCUUGUAUAAAAUGUGCGACCCAUUUAUCCAAACCCAUUAUGGCCUAUCAGGUGGUGAAAAAACUCCACCAUUGAAUACACCAUCAUAUCCCCACUGAUCAAUAAAUGGAAAGUACAAAUACCUCCCCUAACCCCACCACCUGGAGUGCUCCACAUUUCUUUGCAUGCCAGGCUUACGGGCCUGUUUAUAUAGGGUGAACCAGCCCAGUUAGCCAGGCUGGCGCAGUCCUUGCCUCAUUUUCCCUUUAAAUUGUUGUUCUGUUUAUAUGAGAAGGUGGGCUUGCCUGCUUGCUAAGAUCUCGGCUUGGCUUGAGCAACUGGGAUCUCAGCAAGCAGGCCAGGCCAGCGCACCUCAUAUGAACUGGCCUUUAGAGAAACUUAGCCUCAGUAGACCUCAAAUGUUUCUCUAAUGGAUUAACUUUUCAGACUCUCUGAUUAUUCUCUGGAAGUUCAACAAUUCUCCUGAUCAGAGUGGAAAUGACAUAUUUAUGGACACUGAAGGCAUUGAAAGCAAGGAAUCCUGGAGUUUUUACAAGGCCCUAAGGUAAAAAUUUAAAAGCCAAAUUGUACAAACUCAGAGAUGUACACAGUAUUUGUAACAAAUCAUAACAUUGAUUUUAAAUGUUCUUGUCUUGUCAGGAAGUUAUUUAUUAGUGCAUUGAAACUACAUUUAGAUUUGUCUUUUCCUGUAAACAAAGAAAAGGAAAAUGACUGAAUGCAACUUGCUUUGGCAGUAGGGAGCCAUUCAGAGUGGCUCCUAAUUUUAACAAACUGUCAGCAGGCGUAUUUUACAGAAUGCGGAAUGACGCAGAAGUUUUUUAUUAAUGUUAGGAAGCAGUGAAUCAAGUUCCCAUUUGAGUCAUUAAACCUGACAAAUUAACUGGAACUUUAUUCGUCUCUUAACCAUUUUCAUUUUCAAACUUAUAACAAGAAUUCCUGACAGUUUCCCUUUAAUGUAGGUAUUUUAAAGUAUUAAAUUUAUUUUAAGAAUGUUUUAAGAACAAAUCUCUUGUUUUAUUGCUGUAAUGCAGGGGUCACAUAGAGGAUGUUUAUGAUCUAUCCUGGUCUUCAGAUGGUACCAAUCUCAUAUCUGGAUCAAUAGACAACAGUGCGAUUAUCUGGGACAUUGUGAAAGGUAUAUAUGUAUAUUCCAUAAUUAUGACUCGUGAAUUAGUGAAUUAUUAAGAAUAACUUAAUACAAAAUAAUAAAUAACUUUUUUGGUUUAUUUUAUUCAAUAUAAUAAUUAAUUCGUUGAUUUUAUUCAGGGCAAAAAAUUAUGAUCCUGAAGGAUCACAAACAUUAUGUACAGGGAGUUUGCUGGGAUCCACUUAGUCAGUUUGUGGUGACAAAUUCCAGUGACAGGUAAUUUGCUGUUAACCAUGUUACACUUUUAUCAUUAACUUUCUAUUCCCCCAGUCAGUCCCUCAUUUCUGUGUUUCAGGAGAAAAAAACUUUUAGAUAGUUUUUUUAGAAUGUUGUAAUAUUUUGAGAACAUUUUAAUAUCAUAUACAUGAUAAAAGAAAUUUUCUUUUAUCAUGUAUAUGUUGUGGUUCAAUUUUAUCCUUGGUUUAAAUUUCAUUUUCCAUUGUUUUAAACUCAUUAUCAUACAUUACCAUACCCAAAAACAAAGGAAAAUAAAAUUUAAACCAAGGAUGAAAUUGAACCAACACAUAUAUAAUAUUUACUUUUUUGUAUAUUUUCUUACUUUACAUUGUAUUUAUUUAUUUUACAUUUCAUAUAUCUUUAAUUAUAUAUGAAUAAAGGUAUUUUUUGUUUACCCAGUGAUAAGAUCUAACCAACGGCAGGUCCAGAGGAGGGGCCUGGGGGGUCUGCCCCGCCCCACCCCUAAUUUUUAGACCACACUAAAGCCCGAACGGCCAGGCCCCCUCCUUACCACGGGCUGUGGAUGAUAUCCUCCCGACGCGCCGAGCACCGCCGCCCCUCUGCGCCGAGAGUCUUACCGCUCUUCAUAUCAUCUUGACAUAUUCACAGGGCCAGGGGGGGGGCCGGGGGGGUCUCCCCCCCCCCCCCCCUAAUUUUUAGACCAAACGGAGGCCCAAACGGCCAGGCCCCCCCCUUCCCCCGGGCUCUGGAGGAUUGCCCCCCCCCCCCCCUUAUCUGAAGGUCUGAAUCUGCCAAUGCUAAUAAACAUUUUAGUAGAAUUUGUGAUCCUACAUGCAUGUGCCAUGUACUCUGAAAGAUGAGUGACUUUUUGAAACAGCUUUGUUUCCAUGAAUUUCAAAGUGCCUGGAUACAUUUUACUGAAGUUUCAGCCUUUAAUAUUUUAGCAGAGAAAAGAAACAAACCCAAUUUGGGAAUGUUAAAGAAUGCAUUAAAACUCUUAUAGCCUAUUGGCAGCAAAUGUUUCCAAGGAUGUACAUUACAUGUAAUUAAUUUUAUUUUCUGUUUUGCAGGAGCUGUAGAUUGUACAAUCCAAAUUCUUAUCGCUGCUGUUAUAACAUUAAUAAGCUGAUCUUGAAUAACUCUCAAAAGGCAACAGAAAUUGGAGAGGUAUGUUGAGUAUUAAUGGUAAUUAUUAAUACACAAAUAAUUUGUUUCAUUAUUAUUUUAUAUAUAAUACUUUUCAGUGGCAUAAUAAACUGUAUUUUGAAGAGUGUAGAAAAAUUCCAAAAGCUGAAUGACUCUGAAGUUUCGUGAUUUAAAGUAUAGGGUUAAGAAACUGGGUAUAUCAAGUUCCAGUUCAGUUCACCCUGUACAGUGACUCUAACUGGAAUGUAAGUCACUAAGCAGCCAUAAAUAAGGUGUUCAGCAAAAUACAGUUGAAUUUGCCACAUAUAAAUGUCCUUUCCAGGAUUUACAUUUCUUUAUUUUUGCAGUCUGUAGAAAACCUACUCUAUAAAUGCAUAUCCUUGACAAGGCAUUGUCCACAAUCUAUCCUGUCUGCAGCAUAUGAAAAGCAAACAUGCAUUGCGCUAAUACACAGCAAGUACUAUAAUAACUCCUUUGUUCUUUAUUUAGUCCAUCAAGCAAGGAAAAAUGUUUCAUGACGAGACCAUGCCAUCCUUUUUUCGAAGACCAAGUUUUUCUCCAGAUGGCUCUUUGCUGUUAGUCCCAGGUAGGAAAUUAAAAGACACAAAGAACCAACAAAAAUAUUUGUACGUUACUAAGGACACUUCAGUAAAAGCCUACAAAUCCUAUGCCGUUGCUAAAAAAUUUCAUUCACCUUUUCCAUUGCACCACAUUUGUGUGUAUGGAAUAAAGUACUUACCAUGUACAUUGUUAUUUUAUUACUUGUCUUGAUUGGCAGCUGGACGCAUUGACGUUGGCGACCAGGUGGUCAAUACAACUUAUGUCUUCACACGAGCAUCACCAAACAAGUGAGUUAAAGUUGUUUCACUGCAUUUAUUCUCGAUUCGCGCAGGAAUCAAGAAUCGCGAAUCGAGUCGAGAAUCGAGACUCGCAACAGACUGUCAACUUACUUUUGAACAGUACUGUAGCUGCUUGUGUAGUCAACAAGACACCAAAAGGUUUAAAUCAUGAGCCUCCAUACCAAUGGGUGUCUCAAAUGGCAGGUAAAAAAAACAUAGGUCACUGGUCAGAGCUGUAUUGAUAAAUAUGACUGAAAUAAGCACUUUCCCCUUAAGCUAAAACUCUAUUUCAGAUGGUGAUUAGAGCUUCUAAGGAGACACUUUCAGUUAAUUAAUGUACAGUGACUUGUACUCUAACUUGCACUUGUGACAUUUGACCUGCAUUUUUUCACCUGUCAGUCUCGAAAACUAAGACCUAAGUCUUCGAAAGUUAAGACCUGAAUAUACCUGUGUUGUUGUAAGGUGAUGCUGUUUCCAUGCAGUUUUGAAUGAGAGAGACUUAGUUUUGAAGUCUUAGUUAAGUUUUCAGCGUCUUAGAUUUCAAGGUAUUUAUAAUUUUCCAGGUUAUUUGUGUGGGUUGGAGUGGUUACAUCAGGUGUAGACAAUGCUAGAAAUGUUAUGACAUCUCGCAGGCAAUUCCCUAGUUUUAUUUUAAAGUGUUCAUUUAUUUAAUAUUUUAUUCUAGUACCAGGUCAUUUUUGGCACUUUUGGUUUUAAGGUGUUAGUUUUUUAGUUCAUAGGUCUUAGUUUUCCAUACAACCCAUACAAAAAUUAAUCUACUUCAGCUUAUUGUCAGGUGUUGUUCAUAAUGGCAUGAUGAAAAUUAUCACUACAUUAGUUUCUUAACUUCUUGCACCCUUGAUUCUUUUUAACCUCCAGCUGAUAAUUCAAGCCAAAACUGACAUCCAAACCCAGUAAUAAAACUUUUAACUUACACCUGUAUCACCCCUAUUUUUAAACCUCCCAUUGAUAUGAACCAAUUCCCUUUUCCCAGGAGGUUUAACAGACCAUGAUUCUACUAUAUUUCUGAAAUUUGUUUUGCAGACCAGUCCUUUACCUUCCCAGUCCACAGAAGGCUUCUGUAGCAGUGCGUUUUUGUCCCAUUCUGUUCAAACUUAGACAAGAGCAAGGUACAUGUUAUGUUGGAGCUGUUGUCUUUAAUUCUAUUAAGGUCUGUUGGCAAAUUUGUAACAUUUACAAUUUUCUUCAGGUAGCUUUCUGACGUUACAACUAUUUCUGCUAAUAAUACUUAUUAAGAGAAAAAUGAUGAGAGUGUGCACUAUAAUUAUUAAAAUUAUGUUUACAAUAGAGAUAAAUUAGAGGAAAAUCUCACAAAUUGUGGAACAAAUCAAUUUAGCUCAGCUCAGUAGCUGUACAUGUAGGAUGACAUUGCUUUGUUUCCUUAUCAUGCAAGAAACCUUGCUGAUCAUGAACGUCAUCUCCCUAAUUCACCCACGUGUAUAAAUAUGGGCACCAGCCACGUACUGCUGGAGGUAACCCUGCGAUGGUCUGGCACCUAGGGGGUAGAAACAAAAUUCUAUAUAGGGUGUACAUGUGAGCUUGUGGGCUUACGGGUGUAUACGUACAUGUACCUUUACAUUUAUUGAUUUUAUACACAACACAUACGAUGUACAUUAUAACAUAAGUGGUAACUUUGCUUAUUUCUUUCCUCAAGUAGCAGCUACUCCUGUCAAGAGUCUGUUCAAGUAAGCUAGUUUCUUGUCUUAUUACCUUUAUUUCUAAAAAUUACAGGUGUGAAUGGGUCAACAUUAAUAUUAAUGUUGACCCAUUCACACCUCAGUUCAGGCCAAGUCAUAACAACUUGUGAGGAACCACAUCCCUUGUGCAUCUUGUAACAUCAUCAGUUUCAAUACAGUUGAAUCUCCCAUAAGCUACCACCCAAAAUGCAAAGGCUUGGCGGUCGCUCACUAGAGGUGGUUGUUUACGAGAGGUUCCAGUAUAAGGCUUUGACUGAGAACAUUUUUGCUGUUUUCGGAAGGCGGUUGCCUACGGGAGGUUUGACUGUACUCAAAGAUGCCCAACUUCAAUGGAGGAAAAGAUCUGCUGUGCAUAUACCCCAAAUGUGUGUGAUUCAGUCAAACAGGUCAGAGGCUAGACCAGUGCAACAGAUGAUGGACCCUAUCUAACUUUGACUGGAAAAUUCACGUGAAAUAAUCAUUAACCUGCUUAAUCUUAGUUAACCUUUUAUUAACCAUGCACAAGCUACAUGCCUUGCACCGUGAGGUUUUCAUCUUUUAGUUUGAGGAUUAUUGAGGAGGUUUAGGGUACCGGCUUCAUGGGGGAUAAGAUUAGCAAUACGGUAAUAAUCUAUCGUUACUUGAACAAAUUCCAACUUCAUUUUGUCUAUUCCUUAAAUCCUACUGUGUAAGAAAAAUAUACUUGGGUAUCAUCUGUACACACCAUUAUAGCCUGAGUGGCAGACACUUGAAAGGGAAGGGGAAAGGAAUUAGGGCACGAGACCACGCACGAGGGAGGAGCGCACCUAAAUCCCCCCCCCUUCCCCUUCCCCUUCCCCUUCCCCUUCCCCUUUUAACGCCUGCCUCGCAGGCUAACACCAUUAUUGCUGUAAUUGCUAAUGUACUGAACUGACACGAAAUAAAACAAUAUUGCAGAUUGCCAUAUCGCAUGGUGUUUGCAGUGGCAACUUUGGAUUCAGUCCUGUUGUAUGACACUCAACAAACAGCUCCAUUUGGCUUUGUUGGAAGCAUUCAUUAUGCAGCACUCACAGAUGUUACUUGGUACAUUAAUUAACUAAUAACUCACUCUCAAUGGUUUAGUAAGAAGCACAUACAUGUGUGCAGAAACGUCCAUUUCUAAUCAAAUUAUAGCCUUGGUUGCCUUGAUUUUCACCUGACUGGAACAAUAUGAAUUGAAUUAAAAUAUGAAUUGAAUUAAAAUGUUGUCUCUUUGUUAUCAUGACAUUUCAACAAUUUAGUUCUGGUCUUCUUUAAGCUUUAGUGACAAUUUUCUGAGAGGCAUUUUUAGUUACACUUGCUUGUCAUUGGUGCUGAUUACAAACCUCACAUACCUGGGCUUGCUGGCAGCUCAUUUGUCUUGCCAGACAAUGUCACAUCAAAAAUUACAAUAUCAUGUG